AUGCCGUCCUCAGCGCAGGGUCCGCCACGGCGCAAGCACGUCACCACAGCCUGUGUGCCAUGUCGCGAGAGCAAGGUCAAGUGCGAUGGAGCCUCUCCCAUCUGCUCCAACUGCAAAAACAAAAACAAGGAUUGCCGAUACCAAGCAGGUGAUGACAAGCGCAAACUCUCUCUUCGCGUCGCUAUCGAGCUUCUCUCUGGACGCAUCGAGCAGCUGUGCAAUUUUAUCGGCGAGAAUUCGCUUGAGCCUCCGCCCAUGCCCAAGGAGGAACAGGAGGCUCUCAUCAAGGUGCUUGGCCAUCUAAAACUGACGCACACUUUUGCCAGCAAAGAUGCUGCGAGGGCACCAUCAAAUGGCACCGCCUCUCCUCGCCAAUCACCAGGCCAAAAUCAACCGAACGCGAAUGCAGCGAUAGAGUCACUUCCCCCGCCCCCGGCGCCUUUGUCGGUCUGGGAUAGGGUUGAUGAUAGUGCACAGGUUGCCGUCGUCACUCAGCCUGAUUUGAUGGCGCCUCCUCACGCCAUAGGGGACUUGAAUGGCCUGGACGUCAUCGGACGCCCGACUCCAGAUGACCAUGCCUCAGGCUCUCUGGCAGUCAACCCGCCUUCUUGGACUUGGAGCAAUCCUGAAGACCCAAACUUCAACUUCCAGCCCCCGUUUGCCCUAGACUCGGACGCCAUAGGCGGCAUGCUUCCGUUCCCGACUCCCGGGUCAGGCGAGCACCACUCGAUCAAACUGCCUAGUGGCCCGGGAUCCGAUGAGGCAAUCAGUGACACAGAAAGCACCGAGGUACUCGUCGACCAGCUUUCCGAUCGCAUCGGGUCCCUGCAGAUAGGACCUGGGGGACAGGUGCGAUACUACGGGCCCACAUCUAACUUCAAUCUUGUCGAGAUGCCCGCGCCUGACAAUCUUACUAUUCAUCGCACUGUUCGAAACAACGGGCAAGAAUACCUCGACCGUCUUGGCAUCGGCAAGUCUGUGCCCGCUGACCUCGAGGAGCAUCUGGUCAACCUCUACUUUACUUGGCAAGAUGCAGCUUUCCAUGUUGUGAACCGAGCCAUGUUUGAGGAAGCGAGGAUCAACUGGCGCGACAGCAAGGAAGACACUCAAUACUACUCAGAGGCGUUGCUCAACUCAAUAUGUUCCUUGGGUGCUGCUUUUGAAUCGCGACACCAUCCAACAUUUGUCACAUUUCCCAAAUCCCUGUCCGACUUCUUCGCCGACAGGGCCAAGGCGCUUCUUGAAAUCGAACUGGACUGUCCCUGCUUGGCGACGGUGCAGGCCAUGGUGGUCCUCAGCAGUCACGACAUUGGCUGCAAACGAGAUGCGAGGGGUUGGCUCUAUAGCGGGAUGGCCAUGAGACUGGCUUUUGACAUGGCUCUCCAUGUCGACUUGAGCCCGUAUGUGGCGAAGAAAGCCGUCACCCAGGCAUCUGCGGAUCUGCGUCGCGACAUUUUCUGGGCAGCGUAUACCGUAGACCACAUGUGGGGAUUCUAUCUCGGACGGCCGUUCCGUAUUAACAUGGAGGACGUCACUGUUGCCAAGCCUGUCGGAGACGUCAGACCCGAGAGAGCUGGACAGUGGAUUCCAUAUGUCUCCAAAAAGUCCUUUGAUGAGCUCGCCCCUCUACCAGACUACACAGAUGAGCUACAUCGACAAAGGACCCUCCUCAGCGACAUAAUGGUUCCUCUCGGAUAUGCUCUAUAUGGAAGCAGAAAGAUACCAGCUGCUACUCUGCAAGAAAUGAAUGUUCGGACGGUGGAAGAGCUGCUCAACUGGCGGGCUGGCUUACCCACUGUACUCCAAGUCGAUCUCGAUGACCGCGAGACGCCAUACCUCCCACACGUCAUCCUACUGCACAUGCAAUAUCACCAGAAUAUCAUACACGCUCACCGCCCAUGGAUGUCACGAACUUACGUGCAACCGUUCCCUCCACAGGGCCCUGGGGCGGCACACGCACGCAUGAUGUGUGUAGAAUCAGCGUACGCCAUUGCCAAACUCCUCCAGCUCUACGAGAUACGCUAUGCACUCCGCCGCAUGAACAUCCAAGGCGUUGGCAUCGCAUGCUCAGCGGCGUUGCUGCUCAUCUUUGCCUCUGUGACAAACUACCAACGCCAAGGUGAAAAUGAGAUUGGUCUCCAUCUGAGUGCCUGCUUCAGAGCACUAGAUGAGCUGGGAGCUACAUGGGAGAGCGCCAAGAGGGCCAGAGACUUUCUUGUCCUGUUGCAGCGGCAGUGGGAACUUCACGGGCGGACGGCAAGAGCACGACGAACUUCAACCGCAGCGGCAGACUCUGCUCCUCGAAAGCGCACGCGGACUUCACUUGAUAACGGCCAAGUUCACGGCGAAUCACCGCCUCGCGUAUCGCCGCCUCAGCUUCGACAGGGGCUGCUGGGGCAAACGGGCCCGGCUGAUAUUGAGAUGGGGCUUGACCUGGACUGGAUCUUCACAGGAGAUGUGUAUCCCAUGCCUCAAGGUCCAAUGACGAAUCCGUGA